CAGUUCAAACCUUCAAACAAAAUGUUUAGGUGAUGGUGAGGUUAAUGGUCGAUACAAAAUAGUUUAGAUAAAUAUUUGGGUAGGGAUUUCCAUCCAAAUAUGAAUAGGUCAACAAUAAAUCAUCAAAACGCAUUCUUAAAAUAGUGCUAUGCUCAUUCUUCUUACGAUUAUGUUUAACUGAUGCAAAGUCUAUUGUAAUGAAGUUUCUUUGUCAUGAGAAUAGUUUCGUUAUAACACUAUCGAUCGAUUACGAAAGAGCUUUUAAGUUUAACUGUGUUAAAAAUAUUUGUGGCUUAUAAUCAUUUAAGGGAAUCAUUUAUUAAAUAAGUAUAGAUGUGUUGAGUGGACUGUAUAUAAAAUUAAUGAGUGUGCGUGAAUGUGAAGUUGCUAACGUGUUAAUAAAAUAUGUGUUUACGUUCGCUUUUUGUUGUAUUCUUGCGUUCAAUUUACUUAAAAGAGUCAUAAAGCUAGCUAGUGCCGUCGCGCGUAAUAUGAGAUACGUAGUGUGAGCCUGAGGCAUAUCGCAAUUUGUUCCUGAUAUCACGUCCAUGUAUUGUUGCUCCUUCCUUUCACGGCUGGGCGUCGGGAUGGCGAGCAUGAGCUCCACGCUCGUCGAAACCGUCUCCAUCAACUACGAGGACUUUAACGAGAGCUUCCUCACAUGCGGCACCUGUUUAUGCACUUAUGACGGAGGCGAGCACACACCGAAGCUCCUACCGUGCUCACACACAGUUUGCCUCCACUGCCUCACACGAAUAGCUGCUUCACAGACCAGAGACGCAGGCAGUUUCCGAUGUCCCAUAUGUCGCGAGCUGAUUACAAUACCACGGGGCGGGGUGGCCGCACUUCCGCCCUCGUUCCUCGUCAACCAGCUCCUCGACUUGAUGGCCCGCCAACGUCGGGAAGUAAUACCACAGUGUAGUUCGCAUCCAGGCAGAGAGUUGCUUUUCUGCGAGACCUGUGAUUGCGUGUUCUGUCGACACUGCGCGGACGGGCCACACAGCGACACCCCCUGUGACCAUACAGUUGUGCCAUUCUCCAUAGCGUUGAAAAGAAUGUCUGAAAUACUGCUCUAUAGGGCGAACGAAUGUCUCAGUAAACUCGGUUCCGCCAGAGAUGCAGUGGCCAGUGAACUGCGACGGCUCGAGGCGGCCGCGACUGCAGCGGACGAGGCAAUAGACCGACACUUCGCGGAACUGAAGGCUGCUAUCGACAAACGUCACAGUGAACUCAAAUCAGCCGCCGCUGCUGCAGCGACACAUAAACGAAAGUUGCUUGAAGAACAACUCAAAUUAAUUGAUGCAGAAAAAGCUAAGGUGGAAGCAGAAUGUUCAGGUCUCCAGCAGCAGGUAGAAGUGCGUGAAGUCAGCAGUCGUGCAGCGGCACUGGGUGCUAGGUUAGGAGACGCGGCGGCACUCGCUGAACCACGGGAGAACGCAUUCCUCGCCGUAGACUUCGCACACAAUGACGCUCAGCAAAGAUUCUCUGAAGCUCUGGCAGAGUUAGGCAGGGUCCGCACCAGUACCACCUUCCCAGGACUCUGUACACUACAAUUAGAAUCAGCGUGUGUAUGUGGUUUAGAGGUGGUAGUGGUACUACGUACAGUGGACUACCACGGCGAGGCGCGCUGUACUGGUGGAGACCCUGUCAGCGCUGCCGCGACCAUCGACGACGCACCCCUACCCUGCACUGUUACCGAUCUCGAUACUGGAUUGUAUAGAAUCACAAUGCGUCCCUGGACGGCCGGUGCACUAUGUGUACGCGUGCUAGUAUUUGCGCGCGGAGUACGAGACUCCCCGCUCCGUGCACAAGUGUCCCCCACCGCGGCCCCCCUACUUGUAUGGGGGUCCAGGGGAACUGGGAAGGAACAGCUCAGCCAACCUGUCGCUUUAGCUAGAUGUCCAAAACGGCGUGAGAUAUACGUGCUGGACGCGGGUAACUCUAGGGUCAAGGUGCUGGACGACGAGACGUUCGCUUUCAAAACGCAUAUUGUUAAUGAAGGGUUAGCAGGUCGGAGUUGUACAGGGAUAGCGGUAACUGCUGAGGGCAUAGUGGCUGUCAACUGGCGGACGCGAACUCUUACUGAGGUGAGUGGUGAAGGGACGACGAUCCGUACGAUCAGGUCGGACAGACUGCAGGAGCCGGUGUGUGUGGCCGCGGACCUGGCGUCGCGCCGCCUCGCCGUCGCGGACAACGGGGCGCGCGCUGUCUUCCUCUUUGAUAGCCAUGGAAAUAUUGAGAGAGAGGUAGGCAAUGGAGAGUUGGGUCUAGUUGGCGGGCUCGCGUUGUCUGAAGACUUGCUGAUUAUAGCGGAUGUCGCCAUCAGGGUGUACGAUAUUGAAGGGAAUCUCAAGAAUGUGUUCGCACCGGUGCCAAAAGGUCGUGGUGGAUACGGUGGUAUAGCACUAGCGCCACCUAGUGAGGGAGGGACGCGACACGUAGUAUGCGCGCGCGCAGUGCGGGGCCGGCCUGCAUUAUUAGUACUGGAACCAGGCGCUGGGAAGGUGCUGGCUCUGUCAGAGUUGUCCGAUAAAAAGCCGCGCCGCGUGGCCGGACUUACGUUGUUGCCUAAUCGACGGGUGCUACUCGCCGACCUAGCUGCCGACUGCUUGAGGUUGCAUACUUACUGGUGAAACCUAGGCGAAGCCUUGUGGGUGACGCGUAUAGAGACGGGAGCGAAGCAGGCGCUGGAGCGCGACGUAAUCGAAUUUCAUGCUAGUCCAAUAUUAUAACGGAGAAUCGAACUGACGGCCAUACACACGGACUGCGAGGGGAGAUACUUGCACCAAAGUCUUUAGUCGGCCCGCGACGGCCACUGCGUUAUCAAUAACUAUAUUUUAGUACUUACAGUAUUUAUUUCGUAUUAAGUUAAUUAUUUUCUAAAAACGUUUACUUUGUCGAUUCUAGUUCGACGCUUAUACGGAAUUUGACAAUAUUAUGACUGAUUUUGAUUUUUAUGUGUAAUAUUUUCUCGUUUUACUUACUUUUCGCUGGACUGCGAACGUCAAAUCGUGACUUUUUUAUGAUAAUUAUAUUAUUAUUAUUGAUUAAUAAUAUAUUUGCACUAUGCGCUGUAAGUGUAACUUGGUUGAUCCACCGUGCAAUCGGCAAUGUUUUUGAAUUAGUCUUUAAAUUCUUGUCAGUGAAGUAAUCACUUUAUUUAUUUGUAUGCAUCAAACUUGUUGGCGAUUCUAAACUUCGCUUUAACUAGUCGUAAGACGAACGCAUUUAUUUUUAACUAACAUUAGUUCGUGUUCUGUCUCUUGAGAAAAAGGAAAGAUCUUUAUGAUCACAUAAUAAAUGAAUACAGACAAUAUUUAUGAUAUAAUAAUAAUAUCUAUUUAGGGGUAUACCUGCCUAUUCUAAUUGUAUGAAAUAGUGAAAAAAAAAAAAUUCAAAAUUGAUCAGUUUUCGCGGUACAUAUCCAGUAGCCUUGUUUGGUAUGCUUAGUGAUAGUGCGUUGUUAUUAGUUGGACAGUGUCGGUUUGUUUGUUUGUCCAAACAAUAUCGACUGUCCUUUAGCCUACACUCUAAGUCUGCGACCAGAUAUUUACUAAACGACUGAAUGUUUAACAAUUUACUUAUAUGCAAAAAGUGUAUGUUGACUGCACACAUCUGAAGCCUUACGGGUUUGUUUUAUGUUUAAAGUAAUCGUAACGAGUACGCAUUCGGCACUCUGAUUGGCCGGCACCAAUGAACAUAGCUGGGCACCGUUAAUCAAAUAGUUAAGUUCGUUAAUCGUUAAUCCGCUACAAAAAAAAGUUAGCUUCGUUAAAGCGUUACAUUUCGGAAGAAUUGACGCAAGUUAACGUUAAUCCGUUAAUAUGAGUUAAAUUACAUUUUUAUUUCGUUGCGUUUGUGAACUUAAAAGACUAAAAAAAAUUCUUCGCAGAUUUCUUACUCGCACGCACCGGCCAGAUAUAUCUAGUUUUGUUUAUGUUUCAAGCGCUGCCAGGCGCCGCCCGGCACUUGUCAUUUCAUACUUGUCUUUACCUGUUUUUCGCGCCGCGCCGCGAUGCCGUGCGCUAAAUAGUAAGCAUUGGAUUAACGAUUAACAGACUUCUGCAUUUUAACGGAAGUUAACGUAAAAGUUAACUUAAAAGUUAAUCCGUUAAUCAAAAUGUUAACUUCGUUAAUUAACGAUUAACGGAUUAACGAGUUAAUGCCCAGCUAUGCCAAUGAAGCAACCAAUCAGAGCACCGAAUGCGUACUCGUUACGAUUACUUUAAACGUUUUCAAACUCGUACUAAGGCCUCUGUCAACCCAAACGUCGACGAUAUCUGGCCGCUUCACCCAGUUAAAUACCAUAGUAUGCGCUAUAUAUAAAGUUAAUAUGAAAUAGCUACAUAUGUGAUCAUUUACAAAUAAGAAUCUUAUUGUUAAAAACUUCGCAUUAUUAUAAUAUUAUAACUGUUUUACUAUAAAAAUAAUUAUAAAUGUCACACAUGCCCAAUGAUACUUAGCAGUAGUGAAAAUAACGAUAUUUUACUUAAUUAUUUUUCUAGUAAAACGGCUCAGUUUAAAAUUACAAAUCAUAUCUGCCUAUUAAAGAUAAGUUAGUUGUUUUCUCUUCUAAAUUCUUGAGGUGUCGAUGCCAUAUUUUGAUUAUUAAUUAAUAUACUUGCACUAUUUAAAAGUUGACGUGUGCUAUUUACAAAAUUAUUUGCGAACAAAAUAAAUAGCAUUGGUCCUUAUUCCCUUAAACGUUACGUUUUUAUUGUGGAAGUUCAAUAAUUAUUGAUUGCUCAAUCAAAUAUGAAUGUAUGAGUAAUAACAUCAUAUCAUGCGAUCAAAGCAAAUUCUCCCAUAAAACUACAAAUCAAUCAGUAAGAGAGACCGGCGUUGGCUGUUUCACGAGUCAGUUGUUAUAGAGGUCAUAAUAGACAAAUUAUAGAACGAAAUAUGAACAUUAAUCAGUGUAAAAAAACAAUCAAUCUCCUUUUUUUUGAAGUCGGUAAAAAUUAUCGACCGUCAGGAGAGGAGUGAGUACAAAAAUAUCGGUUACUCACGUUAACUGAGACAAGCUCUACUAGUUUCGAGUUACAACGGGACUCUUAUUCGUGAUGUUCGAAUGUUUCGACAAUUUAACCGAUUGAUACAAAUUACUGACUACUAACUACAGACAUUUAAUGAUUAGGUACCUAAACUGUUCAUAAUUACAAUUUUAUUCCGAAAAAAUUUUCAAGUCCUGGGUUAAAUGACAGACCACGGCGGUAAAAUAACCAACCUCGGUCUCCUCUACUACAAAAUUCAAUAUAUCCAGUUUAAACUAGUUUUAAGUAAAACUCUCUUUGCUAUAGUUUAGUAACGUUGACUGUUUAUUAUUGAAGCUAUCGUUAUUUCCUAACAAAUAAUUAAAAUCUAAAAAUAUAUCUCAUUUAGUUGCGUCUUUAUUAUGUACAGUAUAGCUUACGAUAUUCAGAGUUUAAAUGAGUGAACAUAAACUUAAUCAGAAUGAAUGGAAACUGUUGAUUUCAAAUUAAAAUUUCCCAAUAGGGAAUAUGUACGUGUUUUAAAUUCUUUAAGUAUUACUAUUGGGUGAUACUCUGUUAAUAUAUUGAUUAUUGUAAUAAAACCUUCAUUUCGCACCAAGGUUCCUAAUGGUACACACGGCUACACAUCGAGCUUUACAUAACCAGUAUAAACAGAACGUUAAAUGUGCGGAAAGAUGAUGCGA